CCGUCCUCCGCUCGGCCUGCGGCUCGCGGCUGCUCGGCAUCCCCGGCCUUGGCCGCCGCCGGCCGCCCCGGGGCCUGUGGGCGCGCGCGCGGUGGCUCCCGGGGCCCGCGCGGUCCGGGCGGAGCGUGGCCGCGGCUAGCGGGCGAGAUGCCUCGGGCACCGACCGCUACUGCCUGGAGCUGCUGCGGAAACGAGAUUAUGAAGGCUAUUUAUGUUCUCUGCUGUUCCCUACAGAAUCCAGAAGCUCUGCUUUUGCGCUGAGGGCCUUUAAUGUGGAACUGGCACAGGUUAAGGACUCGGUCUCUGAGAAAACAAUUGGACUGAUGCGAAUGCAGUUUUGGAAAAAAACUGUGGAUGAUAUAUACUGUGACAGUCCACCACCUCAGCCUGUGGCCAUUGAACUGUGGAAGGCUGUUAAAAGACAUAAUCUGACUAAAAGAUGGCUUAUGAAAAUCAUUGAUGAAAGAGAAAAAAAUUUGGAUGACAGAGCAUAUUGUAAUAUCCAGGAACUAGAAAAUUAUGCUGAAAACACGCAGAGUUCUCUUCUUUAUUUAACACUGGAAGUACUGGGUGUAAAGGACCUUCAUGCAGAUCAUGUUGCAAGUCAUGUUGGAAAAGCACAAGGCAUUGUCACUUGCUUGAGAGCCACGCCCUAUCAUGGUAGCAGAAGGAGGGUGCUCCUUCCCAUGGAUGUUUGUGUGCUGCAUGGUGUUUCACAAGAGGAUUUUCUACGGAAGAACCAAGAUAAAAAUGUGAGAGAUGUGAUCUAUGAUAUUGCCAGCCAGGCACAUGUGCAUCUAAACCAUGCUAGGUCCUUCCACAAAAGUGUUCCUGUGAAAGCGUUUCCUGCUUUUCUUCAGACAUUACAUACUGCUCCUGGUGAUGGUCGUGACUGUUUCCCACCGUGUUCCUCAGUUUACUCACAGGUUGCCCUAGAAGACUAUUUAAAGAAAAUUCAGCAAGUGGAUUUUGACAUAUUCCACCCAUCUUUACAGCGGAAGAAUACAUUACUUCCAUUAUUUUUGUAUAUUCAGUCAUGGAGAAAAAGAUAUUAAAAUAAUUUCAUGGCACUGAUAUUUACUUUUCCUAGUUUUAUAAGUGUUCUAGUUCAGGUUCUUGUUUAUUUAUAAACAACAGGAACUGACUUUGUUUACUUAAGGAGAAAAUGAAUUUAUUGGAUGGGUAUGUGUAGCUCACAGAAUUGAUGAGAAGUUGCUGUGAGGUAAAGGUGCCAGGACACUGCCAGGAUUCUGCCACAGCACCGCCACUGUCACCACCACCCAGAUGGGGUCUGCCUUUAGUGCCAUCCCAGUAAGUCCGCGCCCCAGGACGGAGCCCUGUUCUAGCUGUGCUUUGGCUGCAGGCGGUGCUUGAGCCACCAGAGGGCAGGGAGGAGCAGUGUCUCCCUUCUUCACCCGGGGCUCACGUAGUCCUGGUGUGCGUGCUGAGCAGCCAGCUCUCAAAUGGCCAGUACAGCUGGGAAAUGCGUUUAUUUAGGGGUCACAAAGAGGGAAGUUAAUAUUCGAGGAGUGUCAGUCACUACAUUGAGGAUUUUAUAUCCCUAAUAUUCAGUCGUUACAACCCUGUGAAAAUAUAUCCAUGAUGGUAAAAUUACUGUUUUAAGGUAAAACAGCUGGCUGUCAAGAGGUAGAACUCAUGUAACUUCAGGUCUGGCUGAUUUGAAAAUUUUUUUUUUUAUUAACCCCAUUGCUUUACUCUGUCAUUCAGGAUUAUCAUGAUCAUGAACAAAAUUGUAUUAACAAGAUGUGUAUUAAUGUAUAUUAACAAAAUUGUAUUGAAAAUUCAUUAAGGGGUAACUACCUUUUUAAAAACUAGUAUAUUAGCCAAAUUA